GUGUGUGUGUGUCCCCGAAAUGUUCCUGGCAUCGGCGGCCAAGAGAGAGGCAGUCAACGUUGGGGCUCUCCUCCAACUUUUUCUCCAGUUUCUCCCUUGAGGAAGCGGAGUUCAGGGCACAAAGUUCGCUCCCGUCCGCCGCUGCCUUCAAGCGUCUCCGCUCCCAUCCCGCUCUCAGCAUCCCUGGCUUGAUUAGCAUCUCGCGCCCAGCAUCCCAGCACCAUGUUUCGAGAGAGGGUCCAGAUGCCAGUGGCCGUUUUCGUGCUGUCUGUGCUGCUGAGCCUCAGCUCGGAGGCUUUCCGCGUAAACAAGCGCCCGGUGCGGACCCGAAGCUGUGCGGACCGUCCAGAAGAGCUUCUGGAACAGUUGUACGGGCGGUUGGCUGCAGGCAUGCUCAGCGCCUUCCACCACACCCUGCAGCUGGAACCGCUGGACAAGGAGCGCAACGUGAGCUGCCCGGCAGGGGGCAGGCUGGUCCAGGACAAGAAGUACCGACUCCCCAUCAACCUGCACAGCGUCUCCCCAUGGGCCUACAGAAUCUCCUAUGAUCCCACAAGGUAUCCCAAAUACAUGCCUGAAGCAUAUUGUUUGUGCAAGGGCUGUCUGACAGGACUAUACGGAGAGGAAAACUUUAAUUUCCGCAGCACCCCAGUAUAUAUGCCCACAGUCAUUCUGCGCCGCACUUCGGCCUGUGCUGGGGGGCGUUAUGUCUACACAGAAGAUUAUGUGACCAUUCCAGUUGGGUGCACUUGUGUUCCAGAACUAGAGAAGGAGUCAGAAAGCCUGAACUCCAGCAUUGACAAGCAGGGAAUUAAGCUAUUGAUGAACCCAAAUGACAAACCCACAACAAACUGAACUAGAAGAAAACUCAUCAGCUUCCCUCUUCACUUUUUUUGUCCUUGCACAGAAUCAAAAAAUUAAAAGCAAAUGAAAAUCUGGUUCCUCCUGAAAGGCUUCCAUUGCAUAAUACAACUGCAAGGAUUUCACCAGGUCAUGAGGAAAUGAAAUUGAGUCAUGAAGAAGGGUCUUCUUUUUAAUAUAGAGUAGUCUACAAUUAAUGUCAAUGUUGUUACUAUUCUCUUUUCUGAACAAAAGUUAGCAUGGUUUUUGUAUCUUGGUUUGAAAUGCAUUAGAUAAUUGGAAUAAAUCCGUAAAUCAUAUUCAUCUAUUAUUUCCAACUGCAUAAAUUGGCAUAGAAUAAGGAGUGCCCCUGGAAUUUAAUUUCUCACAAUGCUUGGGGCCAAGAGAGCAUAGCUUUUAGAAAGAAAUUCUCCGGGACUGCCAGAAAAAAAACCUGCCAGAAAUUUGGGGCAAUGAUUAUAAUGGGAAAAUGUAAGAUAUUAAGCUUCAUAGCCAGGAGAGUGAAGAAACUGCUGGGAGCUUAGCAAGUUCAGGUUGGUGAUUUCUCUGAGCAAUGAAUAGAACACCCAAAUUUGGAGAUGGACUAGCAUAAAGACUGUCAGAACUGGGAAGGAGCAGGAGCAGGGAUGGAAAAGAUUGCAGCAAAUGACAGAUAACAUUGGAGCCAGGUCCUUCAGGCCCAUCCUAGCUGCCUUUUUAAGAAGUUACUUAUCUUCUUCCUGGUCACUGAGGCAUACUGACAUGAGUCAAAGACCCAUUGAUAAUUUCCUCACCCUGAGGGUCACUUUUUUCAGUAGGUACCUCAAAAGCUUUUUUCAGGUUUCUAUCCCAUCUUCUUCUCCUGAAAGAUGUAUGAGAUUGCAUUCUGUGUAUGGAUAUAGAGAAUAUAUAUAUAUAUUUUUUACUUUAUUCCCAUCCUUAUUAUUUACAUUGUUUUAUGUCCUCAUUAAAUGCUUUUGCCAUUGGA